AUGACAGAUCGCGUGUAAUGACGUCGUGGGCGUGUGUGUGACACAUGUGCGGUGUGUGCCGCGGCGGCGUUCUGCGUUCUCCCGCGGAUCCCGACGACGAUCCUCUCCUCUCGCGGAAUCUCACCCUCCUCUCCACGGGGCAGCGGCGCUGCCGAUCACGUCGUUCGGCUGUUCCUCUAUUUUUUUUUUUUUUCCUUUUCCUUUUCCUUCGCUCUCCACGCCGAUCAGACGCGGCGAUCCAGCGGCAGCGCCGAGUGCAGUGCCGAGUGCUAAUGAACGUUCGUUAAUGCGCGGCGGGCCCGCGCCAACGCACGAGCGAUAACGUCGCGUCGGAUUGCAUCGCCGUGCACGGAACGCCGGACGUGACCCGGUCCCUCUCUCUCUACCUACCUACCUGUCUGUCUCUUCUUUUCGAUCAUGGACUUUACAGAGGACCCGACGGAGGCGCAGAAGUGGCAGCAACAUCUCACCCUACUGCGGGAGCAGUAUGUCAAUUUGUACAACGCGAACGCGGAGCUGCAGCGGGAGUACGCCGUUGCCACGGCCGAGAAGCAGGAGGGCGGAUUCGUCGGCAGGCUCCUGGCGACAGUGGCAUCCCUGUACUGUCAGCACCGUUACAGUGAUAUAAGUGUAAAACUGAUCGACCAAGAGGUACCGGCGCAUAAAUUCGUGCUGUCAGCCAGGACCGAUUUCUUCAGCGACGCGGCCCUCGCCGACAAGACUGUUUUAGAUUGGAGCGAUUUGAGCAGCGCGGUCGCGUUGGUGCUGCUGAAAUGGAUUUACACGGGCAAAGUGUCCCAGGAGCACCUGACGUUGGAUCUGAUGAAAGCGGCGGCCGGUUUCCAGCUGUCCGAGCUGGUGGAUCAGUGCGAGAGGUAUCUGAUCGGGACGGUGGAGCUGAAGAAUUGCGUGGGAUUGUACUCGGCCGCCGAGGAGCUGGGCACUCUGAAACUGAAGGAGCACUGCAGCUCCUUGAUCUCGGCGCACUGGGAAGAUCUGACGGGCGAGGAUUUCAAGGAGAUGCCAGGUUCUCUGCUGUACAAGUUGCUGCAGACCAAGAGUAAAUAUCCCUUGCACGCGGCGGUACGCUUGAUGCGCGAGGACGUCGUGUUUCUGUACUUGGUGGAACACAACGCCGAGCUUCCGAAGGCGGUCAACGCUGUGGAUCACAAGGGUGAAACGGCUCUGGAAGUUGCCCUGAAAACUCGCCAGCCAUCCCUGGCGCGCACCCUGGUUGAGCACGGAGCGGAUCUGAGCGCGAAGGACGCAAAGGGUCUUUCUCUCCUUCAUUCGGCUAUCUUGAAGGGAGACUCCUACUCGUCCGAGUUCAUAAUCGAGCAGCUGGAGAACAACGGCAGCGUGCAGAAGUUGUGCGAGGCUGUGAAAAUUAAUGACGGCGCGAAGAAUGCGGCCGAGCUUAAGCAACUGGAAGGCUGCACUGCCUUGCAUCUGGUGGCGAAGCACAAUACGGAAAACAUGCUGGCGGUUGGAUCGAGAUUACUUCAAGCGGGAAUCAAUCCGAAUUUACAGGACCACAGAGGAUGGACUGCGCUUCACAGCUGUAUCUCGGAGAAUAACGAGAUGCUGUUCGAUUUGUUGCUCGAGGCAAAGUCUAUAGACGUAGAUCAAACCACGAACGAGGAUGACACGCCGCUGUGUUUUGCGAUGAAGACGGAACCUUUCAACGAGUACUUUGCAUCGAAACUGCUGGCCAAGGGCGCUCUACCGAAUCCAACGUACGACGCCACCGGGAACACAUUGCUCCAUGUCCUGACGCGAGAGCGUAGAGAAGGGGCGGCGUUAUUCCUGGUGGAAUAUUGUAGUAAUAAUUUAUCGAAGACCAACGACGAAGGCUUCACGAUAUUGCACGAGGCGUGCAGGGUCGGCUUAAAGGAUCUGACACGUGCUCUGCUGAGGAACGGGCUGCCGACCGAUCUCGUUACCCUCUCCACCGGCGACGCGCCAAUUCACUUUGCCAUUUCGAAUUUGUACACCGACAUAGUCGUCGAGCUGUUGGACGCCACGAGCGUGGAUUCGCAGUUGGUUAUUAAGAACCACGCGAACGAGACACCUCUGAGCCUGGCUAUAAAGGCACCGUUCAAGAAGGGCAAAGACAUCGUGCUGGCACUGAUAAAAGCUGGGGCCAACGUGAACGAGCGCAACGAUGAAGGCCUGACGUUACUGCACCAAGCGAUACUGAAGGAGGACUCGGCUACGGCGAUAUUUCUCUUGGAAAACGGUGCCGACAUGAACGCAAAAACAGCCAAUGGAGAAACGCCGUUACAACUGUGCGUGCAUUGUAGACUGGGCGAAGUGGUGGAAGCUCUUUGCAGACGGGGCGUAGACACUUCAAUAGGAUGCCCGUUGUGGGAUGCUCUGGAUUCCGAUCAAGAAGAUACCGCGUCAAUCUUGGUUAAACACGGAGCGGACACCGAUUGUUGGGGCACGGGCCCCGAUGGCUGUCAGCAAACGUUGUUGCACAGAGCGAUUGACGAUAACAAGGAGGACAUCGCACAGUUUCUGAUAAGAAGCGGAUGCGACUUGAAUGCUCCGAGACGGCCUGGUCCAGACGGCGCUGGCGGAGACGAGGCGAAAGACGAGUGCACGCCGUUACAUUUGUGUUGCCAAUGGGGACUCGAGCAAGUCGUUCAAACGCUCAUCGAGCACGGAGCCGAUGUGAAUGCCCGCGACGCGGAGGGGAAGACACCCGUUCACGUGGCGAUACAGAAUCAGCAUUCGCAGAUCAUUUCUCUUCUGCUGUGCCAUCCAAAUAUAGAUCUGAAUAAGAGAGAUAAGAAGGGACUUACGCCUUUCGCGACCGCCCUGACGGUUCGCAACAACAAAGCCGCGCAAGCGAUAUUAGAGAGAUUACCCAAGGCCGCCGAGCAAUACGACAAUAAAGGCAGGAACUUCUUGCAUACUGCCAUACAGAAGGGCGACAUGGAGAGCAUUCUAUUUUUACUGUCGAUACAAGUGGACGUGAAUUCGAGAAUACACGACGUUACGCAAACGCCUCCUCUACACCUUGCCGCCCUGUCGGGGAACGAGAUGCUGGUGCGAAGUUUGAUUCUGGCGGGUGCUCGCGUCAACGACACGGAUGCGAACAGGAACACCGCGCUGCACGUGGCGGCCAAAGCGGGACAUGCCACUGUCGUUUCUGCGCUAUUGCAAAAUAACAUUAACUUCGACGCGGUAAACGCGGAUGGCGAUAACGCGUUGCACGUGGCUGUAAGAGAGGGACACGUGUCGGUGGUGCGUGCGUUGUUGACCGAGUGUACGCUGGACGCGGAGGCGGUGAAUCUCAAGGGUCGUAAUCCUCUACACGAGCUGGCCAGAUGCGCGAGGGACAACGCCGCGACGAUAUGCGACCUGUUCUUAGAAUGCAUGUCGCAAUAUCCGGUCAAUAAUGCAGACUUGGAUGGAAACACGCCGUUGUUGAUCGCAUACAUGAAGGGCAAUGGCAAUCUUUGCAGAACGCUAGUGAAGGCCGGUGCGUGCCUGGGUUCGAUGAAUAAGGACGGAAUAACGAUCUUCAACUAUCAAGUGGCGACGAAGCAGCUGUUGUACAGACUGUUAGACUCCCUGACGCAAGAAGCGCCUUGGUCCGACAAGGAUUGCUGCUUAGAGUGCGGAACGAAGUUCUCUCUCACAAUGCGCAAGCAUCAUUGCCGGCACUGCGGACGAAUUUUGUGCAGCAAGUGUUCCGGUCAGGAUGUACCGAUCUUGAAAUUCGGCUUGAACAAGCCGGUACGCGUGUGCAACGUAUGCUUCGACGUACUGCUGGGUACCGGUUCCCUUCAACCGUCAUAGUUGAAAUAAGAAUUUAUAUACGCGAUGGACAGAGAGAGAGAGAGAGAGAGAGAGAUCAUUCCAACGUUUUUCUUUUUAUAUGAAGAAAGAAUUAAGCAGAUAUACGAACUGAACUGAAAGUCUGUGUGUAAUUGUACGUCAUUAUUGAUAUUUUAUGUAUCCUAUUGUAUACACAUUGUUCAAAUUUGUUAAAAAUAUCUCAUAGAGUUGAAAUACAGAUGAGGAAGAGA